AUGGUAAUUGGUGGCGUGAAAGUAAAAGAGCCUUACAUUGACGGUAUUGCACCUUUGCCAAAUGAAAUUGUCCUAGAGUCAAUAUCCAAUAACGACCACGAGGAAACAAUUACUGCCCCAAUUCUUCUAUGUAGCUCUACAUCUGUCGCUUCAGCUAAUGUAAUUAACCUUCCAACACCUCCCAUCAAAUCAGAAAAUAAUAUAGUCGCAGCUCCGGAAAUAGAAGCAACUGUGUCUCAGCCAUUAUUAGUGACUGAGGGUAACUACAAACCUAGAAAAAGACGACGAAACAUGGACACCACGCGACCUUUGAGAGCACUCAAUCUCAACGAUAUAGUUGAUGAAUUAGAGCGAUGUGAGGAUGAUGAUUUGUUGCCAACUCAAAUUACAAUUUUUCCACCUGAGAACGCUAAUGCCGACGUCACAGAUGAGGAUUCUGGAGAUGAAGAAUUUGUUGCAUUGCAAAAUCUACCGGGCUCUCAACUACGAGCUCCAGCCGAGGUCACUUUUCAUAUGAGUUCCGACGAAGAAGAUGAUGUACCUUUGUCAAGUUUGUCAAAAAGAAGACGCACGAUGGAUUUGACUUUAGAAGAUAGUGACGCCGUACCUUCUUGUACUUCAGAUGUGUCAACUAAUUCUAAAUUUGUUCAGCCUACAGUUCCCCGAAAUCAAACCUAUAGAUGGAAGAAUCGUCAUAUUCCAAACCAUUUCAAUCAAUGGAAUGACGAACAAGGUCCAAAAAACUUACAAUCACCCUUAUAUUAUUUCGACUGCUUGUUCAACAACAAUGUUAUUGAAUCACUAGUGCGAUAUACCAAUUUGUAUGCAGGACAGAGGAAUAAAGUGGGCAAAGUAACUGUUUCUGAAAUGAAGUGUUUCUUGGGCAUCCUUCUGUACAGCGGGUAUGUAGUAGUACCCCGUAGGUUUAUGUAUUGGGAGACAUCGACAGAUGCCGACUUUAGGAUUGUGCACAACGCUAUGUCAAGAGAUCGUUUUACUUUUAUUAUGUCAAAUCUCCACUGCUGUGAUAACACAGUUCUUGCUGAUUCUCCUGACAAAUUCGCUAAGUUGAGACCUCUGUUUGACGAGUUAAAUAAAAUCUUUACUGAAAUGGCUCCGCUAGAAGAGAACUACAGCAUAGAUGAGGCUAUGGUUCGAUACUAUGGACGUCACAGUUGCAAACAGUUUAUACGUGGCAAACCAAUUCGUUGGGGGUAUAAACUGUGGGUUGGUGCUACCAGAUUAGGCUACGUGAUUUGGUUUGAUCCUUACCUGACUUCUACUUUGACUUCUAUUCGUGGCAAGAAAUGGUAUUUUUCACUGUUUUGUCACACCUUAGAUAUAGCUGUGCAUAAUGCAUGGCAACUUUACAAGCGAGACGGUGGAGAACAUGAUCAUCUCACUUUUCGUAGACUACUGGCGAAAGGUUUGCUCGAAAGCUACAAAAAAAGCGAUAACAGAGGACCAUGUCCCACAGGUAGAUCUCAUCUUGAAUCAUCUCGAUAUGAUGGGGUUGAUCACUUGGUCCAGUACAGCGCUCCCCAACUAAGAUGCAAAGUUUGCAAAGUUAAAAGUUUUUUUAUUUGCCAAAAGUGUAAGAUUCAUUUACAUCCUAAGAACUGUUUCCUUGAAUAUCACACUAAAACUCAGUAA